UGCAUCCAUCGUUUGUGAUAAAAUUCAAGAUGAAUACCUACAAUCUGAGUUUGAUAGUGUUAUACAAUUUUUAUUUUCAAUUAUUGAAAACAAAAAUGGUUACGAUAGUACGGCAAUGUCACCGAUUGAAUUUGUCAAAAAUCAAACACCAUUACUCAAUCAACAUAUUACUUGUAUCAUUCAAAAUAUAAUCAAUACGUUACAAAAACGUGGUGAAAAUUCACGCGGUGAAAAUAAUAAUACAGAAGAUGAGUGUAAAUCAUCUUGGAAUCAAGGUGAUAAAUGUAAAUGUACGUGGGAGCGGAAUAUGUUUAAACAACGUAAUAAUACUAGAAAAUCAUUGAAACGUGGUGGAUUUCAACGAUAUCAACGUUCAACAUCUGAGUCAUCGGAUUUAUCACCAGACGUAUCAAGACGUUUAAUUUUUAAUGAAAAUAAAAAAGGAGAGACUGAAGAUUUAUUAACUGAUGAUUCGAAUUUAUCAUCGGAUGAUGAAGAUGUUUUUUAUACACCUCCAUCAAGCCCUACAGGUAGUGUUAAGGCCGAUUCGGAUGAUGAGAUGUUGGAUGUUACCGAUGAAGGAGCUGUGGAUGUUUUCUUAGAUGGUAAUCAUCCAACAAAAACAGAUGCACAUGUAUAUUACGCUAUUAGAGAUAUUCCAAUUCAACCAACAGAGUAUCCUAAUAUCUACAGAUGGAAACAUUCGAUACAAUUAUAUACCGACGAUGAAAGAUCAAAAUGGUCAAAUUCUUCACGAUAUUUUCAACAUAAUACACCAACAACACCACCAAGAUAUACUAAUUUAAAUAAUUCUUGUUCAUCUGUAUCACCAAUGUCACAAUCGUGGGCAAGAAUUACGGGCAUUCAUAACUCACCAAUAACAUCAAAAUUAUGUCAUACACCAUCGUCUACAAGUUCAACAGCAUCAAGACGUUUAUGGAAAAAAGAGAAUUGAAGAAAUGAAAACUAAUAACUAUAAAAGAUAAGAAUAAUUAUUAUAAAA